CAAUUAUAUUGUCAGUUGGCCUUAAGCUAAUUUUUGGUCCAAGUGCAAUUUUGCCAAGUUUCGAUAUACUAAAGAAUAUUAGUGCCACUUUUUACUAUCCUUGGCCAUGUUGGGGGUGCGGGGCAAUUCCUCUACUACCACAAAAUGUUGACUUGUACAAUUCAAAUAUUUGGGGACGUACAAACAUUCCUUCCUAUUCCGUUUAGACCAGGUGCCGGUUGGCAAUGGUUGUCAACGACACGCAACCGUUGUUGCCUAUUAGCGACGCGAGAUCAGCACCCAAAACUGGUCCAGGAAUUAUAAAAUGCAGUCGUUCCCAUACAUCGUUCAAGUAGGUUAUCAAAAUCACUGACUCAGUUCCUAAAUAAGACAAUGUCCGAACAGACUCCUGAGCUCAAGACCUAUUCCGGCAACUGCCACUGUGGGGCAUUCAAGUUCAAUAUCCAAAUCCCCGAGUUAAAAAGCUUUAUUGAAUGCAACUGCAAUACCUGUUUUAAAAAUGGCUACAAAUGGAUAUUUACAGAUACGAGCCAUUUUAAUAUUGUUAGGGGAGGUGGAAUAUUGAAAGCGUAUGACUUUGGAGCUGGCUCCAUGAUUCACAAGUUCUGCCCAACUUGCGGGACCAAUGUCUUGGGCCUGCCUCACGGGAAAAUCCAGGGUAUCGAUGUGGGAAUUAAUGCCAGGACGUUGAUGGGCGUCGAUAUAUGGGCUCUCGAGAACAAGCCAUACGAUGGCACUGCAAGUGAACCAGCAUACAAGCCACAAGAAUUCGCGGGCCCCCUGCCCCUUGCCGGUAUUGAGAAUUCGACCAUCUUUACUGGAAGUUGCCACUGUGGCAAUGUGACCGUGGCGGUCAAGGCGAAGCCUCUCCCAAGCAAGGGACAGACACUGCCAGAAAUUAGAGGACCGGGGAGUCCCUUCGCCGAGCAUACGGAAUAUGUUCAGGAAUGCAAUUGCAGUAUUUGCAUGCGGAAUGGCACAAUCUUCUUCUACCCCCUCCGUCCUCAGGUCUCCAUCUCAGACCCGACCAACAGCCUCACAGCGUACAUGAUGGGUCGCAAAUUCCAGCAGCACAAGUUCUGCUCGAUCUGUGGCGUGUCCGUCCAUAUUGGCAAAAAAGGGUUGCCGGAAGAAGCGGCAAAUUGGCCAGAUACAAUACAGACCAUAUGGCCAGAGAUAUUGCCUGUGAAUCUGCGAAUAUUGGAUGGCGUGGACUGGGACCAAGUUGUUGUGAAGAGGAGCUGUAAGGCUGAGGAAAUAGAGCCAAAGUAUGUGGUUGAUUGAGUGUGCUGGCGCAUAUAUGUGCCUUGCCGUCUGGUUACACCAUGUUGCGGAAGGAAGGGGCUCAAGUAGAUAUAGUCGCAGUGGUGGCUGACGCCCCGUGCAAGUCCUUGCAGUCAAAAUCCGGUUCUCAAACCUUCCUGCAUUCAUUCAGCAACACAGUCUCUAUAAACUUAAUAGGGAAUUCAAUUGCCUCUGAUGCACCUUGCCGUCUUGUUGUACAAUGCCGAGGAGCCAAGGGGGCUCUAUUCCGAAGUGAUCAGCCACCCCAUUCAAAACCUCACAUUGAAACCCCGGUUCGCAAACCAUACUGCGUCCAUUGUUGUCUUGCUGUACGCUGCCGAGGCAUCGAGGAGAAGCUCUCUCUUUCAUGCUCAUAUUAUUGUCGUACUUGGUUGUUAGUUCCUUCAAGAUCUCACAUGUCGAGAGUUCUGUUCUCAAAAUCUACCGCAUUUAUGAAGCAGCAAAAGCCUAUACAAUAAAUCAAUAUUGACGCAUAAAUAUCACAAUAGCCUCUUAUGUACCAGG